AUGGUAUCUCCCCCUCACACAAGCGUGACCUCUCUUCAAAAGAAGUGCUGUGUCACCCUGAAGCACUAUUUGCACGACCGCAGGUUUGGAGAUACACGCAUUCGGAGACCUCGUCAGUAGUAGUUUCACUCUUGUCGUAGUUCUGAAGACUCUAGGAUGGCCCCUAAGUACAAGCUGACGUAUUUUAACGCCCGAGGGCGUGCGGAGCCGGCCAGACUGUUGUUCGUAGCCGCCGAUGUGGAGUUCGAGGACGUACGGGUCACAUUUGAGGAAUGGCCGGCACUCAAAGAGACGACUCCUAUGGGAGGGCUGCCAACACUGGAGGUUGACGGAGUGACGCUGUGUCAGAGCUUGGCGAUAGCUCGUUUCGUGGCCCGAGAUGUGGGACUGGCGGGUAAGUCUAACCUGGAGCAGGCGCAGGCAGACAUGUACGUGGAUGAGAUAAAUGAGGUCCUGCCGAAGAUGGGCGGCCUCAUGUUCAUAACCGACGAAGCUGUGAAGGCAGAGAAGAUGAAGGAGCUUGAUGAGAUGAUCGUCACCAAAUAUAGCAAACUGGAGAAACUCAUCGGGUCCACCGGAUAUAUGGUCGGCAACAGGAUACUGUGGUGCGACCUGGUGUUCUUCAACAUCGCCUUUAACGUGGAGAACUACAAACCGGGAACCCUGGAGAACUACCCCAAACUGGCCAAGGUGGUGGAGAACGUCAAACUCAACUCCCGCAUCGCAGCGUACCUCGCCGGGCGACCGGAAACCCCGUUCUAGUCAGAAAAAAAGAAAACAAUUUUUCGUACGACGUGGCAAUAUGUAAUGUUUAACAUACGGAGUUAGUGAACUUAGUUUUUUUUAUCCAGAGAGCAACAAUUAGAAUGAGGAUAUUGUUGGAAUAAUACAGGAGAUAUCUGUAAGAUCUACCAUACAACGUUGGAUACACAAAUUUAAGGUAAAACAAAAAUGCAAUGUAUAACAUACGGAGUUAGUGAAACUAGUUUUUCAUGCAGAGAAAAACAAUUAAACUGAGCAUAAUGUUGGAAUAAUACAGAGAUAGCCGGAAGGUGUCAUAUACAACUUUGGAUACACAAAGGUAAAUACUGAUUCUAAAAGUAAACUAAAGCAGUCAUCCUCCAAUGAGGUGAAGCAUGAUGAUUUUUCUAGAAGCUCUAUCUAUAUGGUGCAAUGUGGAUUCGCUACAUCUUGCGUUUAAACCAGCUUUUAUUUGAUAAAGGAAAUGGUUGUUUUCGGCAUAGUCAUUUAUAUAGUAUAGAAUUUCAAUAUUUCCACACUUCUACCUCGGUAGGAUCGGCUAAUGUCAUACUAAAAUAUCAUAUUUUCAAACAAGAGGAGUCCCUAUGUUUUGUUUAUACUACAUAUACGCACUGCGAUCUGCAUGGGAGUCGUUCUAUGGAUGGUGACACUAUCUUUACUCUAUCGACAAGUCAGUCUUUCAAAACAGGAGAAUAAAAAUAUAUUCCAGUAAA